AUGGGUCGUGUUAGAACAAAGACAAUCAAAAGAGCUUCCAAACUCCUCAUUGAGAAGCAUUACCCAAGACUUACCAAUGACUUCGACACUAACAAGAGAACUUGCGACAAACUCGCCAAGAUCCCAUCAAAACGUUUAAGAAACAAGAUUGCUGGUUUCUGUACCCAUUUAAUGAGACGUAUUGCUAAUGGUCCAGUCCGUGGUAUUUCUUACAAAUUACAAGAAGAAGAAAGAGAAAAGAGAGAUAACUACGUUCCACAAGAAUCAGCCAUCAAAACCAACGAAGUUAAAAUCGAUCGUGAUGUUGAAGAAAUGCUUAAAUCUACUUUGGAAUUCCCAACCAUCCCACAAAUCCACGUCGUUGACCAAAAGAGAUACAACAAAAACACCAAAAAAUCAAACAAAUAA